AUGCCGAAAUACCCACAGAUACAUUUCCAAUUUAGUUCUCCGCUUCCCAUGGUAAAACCACAAUACCCUCCUAAUUUAACGGUCGAAGAUUUAAUGCAAAAUGCACUGCAAAAGCUUAAAAAAACUGGUAAAUUUUCGAAAAUCCCUAAUGCCUUUAUGGCUUACAGAAUGCAACUACAAAAAGAAUUUGCAUUACACUAUUCAUAUCCUGGCAUGCGUAAACUAUCUUCCAUUGCUGCGAAUUUAUGGAAAGAAGAAGAUGAGAACGUAAAGAAGACAUAUCAAAAUCUUACACGUGAAGCACAAACUCGAUUUGAAAAGAUAGCAAAUGAAGCUUUUCCGUUACAAUUCGUACAAUUUAUCAAUCCGAAUGAGAUUAUGAGCUCUCUUGAAGAGGAUAAAUUGAGCAUAGAAGAAGAGAGAAAUCCUUUGGAAAUACUACAAUAUAACGAUCAAAACGGUGACAUUUUUGAUACUACCGAUUCUACUGGCACUUCUGUUAAUGUGGCAGGAAAUAAUAUCGAAUCUGAACGUCCAAUCAAUACCUCAUCAUCAAUUCGGUACAACGAAACUGAGUCGCAACAUAUGGAGAAAACAGUAAUUGAUAUAAAUAUAUUGUACUCGGGGGAUACUAUAUCUGUUAACUGUCCUCAGAGCAUCCCUCUCGAUUAUGAAAUUAAUAACUUAGAUUAUUAUGUCAAUACAUCAAGUAUCCAGGUCAUAAGUUACGAAGAGGAAACACCAAUACCAUUGAAUUCAGUUAGCAACAACAAAUGCGAAAAUAUUCGAAAUCGGAUUACUCAGCUUGAAAAUAACAUAGCAUAUUCUAGUGAUAUAAAAUUUAUUAACGAUCAUUCCGCGAGUCUUGAGGAUCGAGUGACUAACUUAGAAAAAUGUGUAAAAAUGUUAUUUGAAAAAAAGCACCAAGAACAACACCUAUUAUGA